AUGGAGACGACGAAAGUGCAAGAAAGUGCGAUUUUGGUGCUUUACAUGAAUACAGAACUUAAGUUCGAUCAAAGUAUAUCAACAGCGAUUAUGCAUGCAAAUGAGUUUCUCGUCUACACAUUCACCAUUUUUGGAGCUAUAGUCGGUGAUACAUGGUGGGGAAUGUUCAAAACUAUCGCUUGGAUGUCGAUUGUCUAUUCACUUGGAAACUUUGUUGUUGCUUUAGCAGCUAUUCAGCCCUUGAAUCUACCAACCUUAGCUCUUACUAUUACUGGGCUGUUCAUUCUAGCUGUUGGAUCUGGAGGGGUUCGUCCAAACUUAAGUGUAUUUGGUGGAUUUCAAUACACUUCUGACCAAACUGAAGGCCUUGGAUUGUAUUUCGGACUGCAAUAUUUUGUUAUGAAGUGCGGAACACUUGUUGGAUCACUCGUUAGUCCGAUUCUUCGUGGUGAUGUUACAUGCUUUGGUAUGGAUAACUGUUACCCUCUAGCUUUUGGAACACCAGGAAUAGUCAUGCUUCUAUCAUUUGUCAUUUUCAUGCUUGGGAAAAGAUUUUAUGUCAAAGUUCAGCCAAGCAAGCAAAGCAUGUUGCUGCUCGUUUCUAGUUGUAUAAUUACAAGUAUUAAGGAAAAGUGCAAGUCAGGAAAGCUUGGAAAGAAAAGUCAUUGGUUGGAUUAUGCCGUAACCAAACAUGGAGAGAAACUUGUUAUGGAAACUAAAAUGGUUUUAAAUGUUUUAGUUAUGUUUCUACCGUUGCCAUUGUAUUGGUCUGCUUUCAUGCUUCAAAGUUCUCGUUUUGUUUUUCAAGCAACGAGAAUGAACGGCGAUUUCUUAGGAUGGUUUAUAAUUAAACCUGAUCAGAUGAUUGUUUUUAAUCCCAUCAUUUCAAUUAUAUUGUUCCCAAUUUGCGAAUAUAUUUUCUAUCCUUUACUUGAGAAAUUAGGAAUAAAGUCGCUUUUACAAAAGAUGACCUUAGGAGGAAUUGUUGCAGCUUUAGGAAUUGUUUGCGCGAUUUUCGUCGAAAUUCAGAUCAAGGAAAAUUUUAUUAGCAUUUUUUGGCUACUUCCACAAUAUCUUUUCCUAGCCUUAAGCGAGAAUUUCCUUUACAUCGCUAAUUUAAAUUUCGCUUACAAUGAAGCGCCAAGUAGCAUGAAAUCAGUAAUGUCCGCAUUUGUUUUUGUUACAAUAGCUAGUGGGAAUCUUAUUAUUGUUUUUGUCACAGCUUUUAAACUUUUUCCCAUUCAAGUUUACGAGUUUACAUUCUUUGCGACAAUUCUUUUUAUUGAUAUGAUUGUCUUUGGGCUCUUAGCAACAAGAUAUCAAUACUCAUAUUAUACACAAGCAUUGAUUUCACAGCUCGGAAUUUCGAUAAAUGCUAAUUAA